AUGCAUUUCCUUGGAUUUGAACAAAAGCAUUCAGUAAACAUCAAGGAACUUCAAGAUGGACACUUUAUCAUGCCGGUCACUAUUGUUUUCACAACCUUUAUUGUUUUUCUCUGCCUUGUUUUCGCUCUUUCAUUUCGUCCAAAAGAAUCCAACAACACACCCGAACCCUUCCCGGAACCAGUGUGUGGCCAGAUUGCGCAAUUGCUGGACAGAUGCUUCCAUAACUACACGCCGAGCGUUGCCGUGGAGCUGCUGCACAGUGUACAGAUACCGGAAACGGUGGAGCAAAUCGGCAGCCGUUGCGUCCUGUUCGACCGGGGCAUGCAGUGUGUGGAGCGUUACCUGGAAGUGUGCGUGGACGGCAAGGAGCGGCUCAUCAUCGACAACGAGGUGUACGGGGCGAAGCGGCUGUACGCGUUCCUCUGCCGGGACCGGGCGUUCCAGCAAGAGUUCCUUUGGCACAAGGGAUGUUUCCAGCAUGUGCACCACGACCUCGAUGAGUGCUCGAAGGAGUUUGUCGACAUCCUGAAGGUGGAGAUCGCCCGGACUUCGGAACAAUCCUUCAACUUGCAGUACAUGCACUUUUGCUGCGCACGCUAUGCGUACGAAAACUGCGUGUACCAGAGCGCCCGGUACAAAUGCCGGCCGGAUUCUGCCGUCUUCCUGCGUCGUGUAGCCAAGCUGCUCUCCACGGACCGACACUUUGCGAACUGUGAUAAGAUCGAGCAUGAAAUCUGCUCGGCCGAUCGGCCGACCCGAGGCACUCUGGGGAUUUCCGUUGGGCUUUCGCUGCUACCGGUGGUGGGGAACUUUUUCUCACCGUAA